GCAGCCCCGGGAGGCGGAGCCGCUGACCUCGCGCAUGUCCGGAGGCCGCUGCGCUGCAGGAACGGCGGAGGGGCCGGGGCUGCCCGGGGGAAGCCCGGAGCGAGGGCGGGGAUCCCCGGCUGUGCGGAGCAGGAGAACACGUCCAUAGGAUGGAGUCAGAGCACCUCAGGCUGCGUCAGGCCAACCAGGAACUUCUGCAGAGGCUCAGAAUGAAGCAGGAAGAGAUAAGAAAAAGUCUUCCCAGCAAGCCACUUCUUCCAGCAUCUCUUUGUAACAGAGCAACUACUGAAGCAUCUGUCCCCUUGCCCAAGAGAGGGAAGGAAAAUCAAGUUGAUCGUGUGUCAACAAAGCACGAUCCUGCAACGCUGACGUCUGUGGAACCCAGAGCUUGCACAGCCAGAGCAGCCCUCUGUUCAACACUCAAACACAGCAGCAGUGACAGAGGGGUGCAGCAACAAACAAAGAUGCAGGAAUCAGUUUUGCAAUCCAGCUUUCCUGAUAAAGAGAAAAAUCUCAUCCCUGUGUCUGCAGUCAUUACAAGUAAUGGAGAAACUUGCAGAGUGGAUGGGGAUAGCCGUGCUCAAGGAAGUGUAGAGGAAGACUCCUUCUUUCUUGGACAUGGGAAGAACAGAAGACAGACCACUCUUCCACAUGGUCCCAGUGAGAACGAUGAGCUUAAGAGUCAUUUGGACCCAUCAGCAAAUAAAGUACAAAGCGAAGAGACCUCCAAGGAAACCACAACACCUAAAUCAAUCCUGCUGACAUCUCAGUCCAAAGAAUUGAAGAAUGAAGCUGGUCCUGUGACUUUUCAAGCUGAACCUGAAGAAUAUACUGUGCCUGUGAGUAGCUGGUCCAUACGUCCGUUCCUGGGCUAUGACUGGAUUGCAGGGCUGCUGGAUACAAACUCUUCAGUAGCAGAAAAAUCUGAUCAGUAUUUUGCUGAGCUGCAUGAGUUUCGACAGGCCAACAAAGAAGCAUGUAUCUCUGAGCAGCACAUGGAGACAGAGCCUCUGGACUACAUCAUUACUGAACAAGAUUUGACAGCCAGUUCCCAUAAAUGUGUUUACUGUUACCGAUUAAACGAGCGCCUCUUUCCUGUCCCUAUGGAUUCAGAUUCUGCCUGUCCUGUAUGUAAGGUCCCACGUACUCACCAGCCCCCAGAGACACUGGAAGAGCCAGCCUAUGUCAGGGUCAGCAUUCCCAGGUCUACCCUUAUGCCUGCCUACAAAUACAAAGCUCACUCCAGGAAAAGCUUUGAACCAGCAAACAGUCUAGCAUUACCUUCGCAUUGCCUGGUUGGCUGGGAAAAUACCAUUCCUUCCAGUGAGCCAAAAGUCAGCAGCUUGGAUCUGCGAGCUUCAUUGAAAGAGAAACCUUCUCACCAUUCUCACCCGAACUUGGUGUCCGGAGUGUCAGGAGGAACCAGAACUGACCAGCUCUAAACCUGACCUACUCAACGCUCUUCAGAUUAAGCAGUGAUUCUCAGCAGAGGGAUCAAAACAAACAUGGACACUGCUGAGCAGCUUCACUUUUAAAUCCUGUUGCCUCAACUGUGGACCACUGACUUUGUUGGACCUGGGGAAGAGAAGGGGGCGGGGAGAGGGAACAAGUUAAUUGGGUUAAAAAUAAAUCCUCAAACAAGGAGGUAUUUUCUAAUUUUUGUAGUCAUAUGAGCAAGCAAUCCACUUACUUGAAUGUACUAAUUCAUGGCUUUUCACUUUGCACAUUUUGCAGCUACUUCUAAGCAGAUGCACAAGCUUUCUUACCUAAGGCUUUAUAAAGAGAUGUGGACUGGACAACUAGGAGGACCAUAGCAAUAGAUGUAUAUGGAGUUCAUCUGCCAUUUCAGUUAAGCAAACCAGAAAUGCAGUGUUAUCUGAGAACGCCAGGGCAAGGAAUUAGCUUGUGAAUGGCCUUGUUCAGUGGGAAGCAUACAAAUAUGCUUAUUUUCAAACACGUUAAGCAUAACAAACACAAAUUGCUAAUGCCUUAAACUUGAGGUACUCAACAAUGUAGUUAAAAAGUCUAGUUUAUCUUCAGUGCCUGUAGCUACAGGGCACAUUACAGAGUAAUCAUAAACCUGGAAAAGCACUUUUUAUGACUCAAAAGCCUAGAAAAUGCCUUAAGAUAUUUGCAAGUUACUCUUUCCUCUAUUUUUCCAAGUUAUUUUUGGAGGUUAGCAAAAAAGCUUUGUGGAGAAACAGCUUAAGAACAAAAGCAACAUGUUCCGUAUGGUAUGAUUUGUUGGAACUUCAUGGUACGAUCUUUCCCUGUCUAAAAAUGAUAAAAACAGAUGUCAUGUUUUGUCUCCAGUAAUUCUGAAAGAUAAAUUCCUUUCAUAAGAAUUCUGGAAGUUAUUGUGAAAUCUGGACUAGUAAUUGCGUUCGUAAGCUUUAAAUCAAGUUUAUUGGUAGGCGCUGGCUUCACAGAAAGCUUUGGGUUUGCACCAGUAUUUUCAGCUUCUUGUCAUUCGGUGUUAAUUAAGGUACCCAAUACUUUAUAAAACAAAUGUAUGGAUAGACUUUUUUAAGCAAGGGAGCAGUGUUGCAAAUGUAUGAAGUCUUACUAUGUGACUGGAAUGGAAAGCAAAUGGCACGACUGACUAGUUAUGUUUUGGGUUGAAUAUUUAGGAUAAAGUGAAAGGAAUUGGUCGCAUUCUUUCCCUUAAAGCACAAUCCCAAGCUAUCUCUCUCUUCGUAAUGGUUUUUACUAUGUUCAUGCGUGCUCUUUCAGAUGGAGCUUCCCAGAAGUACUCGGUCUCAAAGAAUAUCUAUUGAGAUAAAUUGAUAGAAUCAUCUGAGCUGUCCCAUGUGCCCUUAUUGCUAAUAAAACUGAAAAUUUCAAUUUCACA